AGAUCGGUUAUCGGCGAUCGGAGAUCGUAGAGUGAUCGGAGAUUGGUCGGAGAUGGAGAAGUACGAGAAGCUGGAGAAGGUGGGGGAGGGCACGUACGGCAAGGUCUACAAGGCCAAGGACAAGGCGACGGGGCAGCUCGUCGCCCUCAAGAAGACCCGCCUCGAGAUGGACGAGGAAGGCGUCCCUCCCACCGCCCUCCGCGAGGUCUCCCUCCUCCAGCUCCUCUCCCAGUCCCUCUACGUCGUCCGCCUCCUCUCCGUCGAGCACGUCGACUCCCCCUCCAAGCGCAAGGCGGCGGCGCCGGCGGAGGCGGGCGGCGCCGGCGCCGGCGGCGGCGGCGACCAGGGCCAGGGCGGCCCCGCCGCGGCGGCGGGGGGGAAGCCGAUGCUGUACCUCGUGUUCGAGUACCUGGACACGGAUCUCAAGAAGUUCAUCGACUCGCACCGCAAGGGGCCCAGCCCCAGGCCCGUCCCGCCCGCGCUCGUGCAGAACUUCCUGUACCAGCUCCUCAAGGGCGUCGCCCACUGCCACAGCCACGGCGUGCUCCACCGCGAUCUCAAGCCCCAGAACCUGCUCGUCGACAAGGAGAAGGGGAUCCUCAAGAUCGCCGAUCUCGGGCUGGGCCGCGCCUUCACCGUCCCGCUCAAGAGCUACACUCACGAGGUUGUCACGCUCUGGUACAGAGCACCUGAGGUGCUGCUGGGAUCUAGCCACUAUUCAAUUGGCGUGGAUAUGUGGUCCGUUGGGUGUAUCUUCGCUGAGAUGGUAAGAAGGCAAGCCUUAUUUCCUGGGGACUCUGAGUUUCAGCAACUGCUUCACAUAUUCAGGCUAUUGGGAACCCCAACUGAGAAGCAAUGGCCAGGAGUUACCGCUUUGAGGGAUUGGCAUGUUUUUCCACAAUGGGAACCUCAAAACUUGGCAAGAGCUGUUCCAUCCCUUGGACCUGAUGGGGUGGACCUUCUGUCGAAAAUGCUGAUAUAUGAUCCUGCCGAAAGGAUCUCAGCCAAAGCAGCACUUGAUCAUCCUUUUUUUGACAGUCUCGACAAGUCUCAGUUCUGAUAAUGCCUCGGAUAUGGCCCAAGUGUUCACUGGACGGGCUCUUAUCUUCUUAUGUAGUCCUUGUAUUUACCUUAAAAGUUACUUUCAGUACUUCUAUUUACUUCUGUUUGCUCGACGCUUGAUGAAGCCGAGCAUCAUCAUCUUGGUGAUGAAGUUUCGUGUGACACUAUCAAUGAAUAUUUUUUUCUUUUUUUAGAAGCGAUGGCUAUGCUCACUGAGAA